AUCUCAACAACACAGUCACAACGCUACAAUCAGAUCUAAACACUUCUCGUAGUGAACACGAAAAAUCCGUUCAAGAAUUAGAGCAUUUGCGAACACAAGUGCUUAAAAUACAACAACAGUCAGCCCAAGAGCUGGCUGAAAGAGACAAUGCAAUUCGAGAGCUGCAAGUGAACUUGGAGCAUGUGCAGGGAGAACGAGGCGAAUGGGAAAUGAUGGCGAUGCAGGAAAAAGGAUUAAAAGAUGAGUUAAAUGCACGCAUAAAGCAUUUAGAAAGAGACAUUGAGGUGCUGAAAAAUGAGAAGGAGGUGAUCAAGGCAGAGAAGGAGGCAGAGUCAGAGAGUCUAGCGAACUUACAGGCUGUCUUGGAAGAAUUUCAAGCUGCGAAGGAAUCCGAGAUUCGAGAAGUGGUUGAAGGGAUACAACGGAAACUUGCUACCGCAACUAGCGAGUUAUCAGAAUACAAAGAGCGUGCAAUACUUGCAGAGAAUCAACUUUCACAAAUAAAAGAUGAAUUCAAUAAAACACAACAAUACGAACGAGAGAUCAAAGAAAAGAAUUUACAAAUUG